CCCACGUAACACGUGUCGGAAUGUUGUUUCUGUCUGCUUCCAAAACACACGGUUGCUAUAGCGGGUUAAGAUACAGGACAACACACACGGCUUCAGACCUUCAACAGAGAGUGAAUACUGACUCGUGCGAAGAUGAAACGAACAUGAUCAGUACCAAUGGCCCCUCCACCAAGUGCGCGGAGACCCGGGACACCGGGAAGAGAGAGAGGACGCCGCCAGAAAUGCUUCACCUCAUGUUCGCGGUCUCCGUGUGGCUGGUGACGGGCUCCACCAUAUCCAGCCUCAACAAAUGGAUAUUCACCGUGUACAAUUUCAGAUACCCGCUGCUUCUGUCAGCCCUCCACAUGCUGACGGCGAUAGUGGUGGACUACGGGCUGAUCAAAUGCAGGGUUAUCCGGCACAGGGGCAUCGGCGAGCAGGAUUUAACCGCCAACGCCAAAUUCAAAGUGUUCCUGUUGAGUUUGACAUUCUGUGCCAGUAUCGCGUUUGGAAACGUGGGACUGAAUUAUGUGCAGCUUUCGUUCGCACAGAUGAUCUACACAACAACGCCGCUGUUUACUCUGGCGAUUUCCACGCUGAUUCUCGGAAAGCAGCACCACAUCCUGAAGUACACCGCGAUGAUGCCCAUCUGUCUCGGGGCGUCGUUCAGCAUCAUGGGCGAGGUCCAGUUCGACCAGAUCGGCUGCCUGUUUGUGUUCGCCGCCACCAUGUUAAGAGGCGUAAAAACCAUUCAACAAAGCAUCUUGCUUCAGGAGGAGAAGAUCAACUCUAUCUUCCUACUGUAUCUGAUGUCCAUCCCCAGCUUCUGCAUCCUGGCCAUAGCCGCUCUGGUUCUGGAGAACUGGGCAGCGAUGCAGUCCCCUCUCCAGUAUGACCGUCACCUCUGGGGUUUCAUCUUGCUCAGCUGUCUGGGUUCAGUGCUCUACAACCUGGCCAGCUGCUGUGUCAUCACCCUGACCUCCGCUGUCACGCUGCACAUCCUGGGAAACCUGAACGUGGUGGGGAACCUGCUGCUCUCCCAGCUGCUGUUUGGCCACCAGCUGACGGCUCUUAGCUGUGCUGGAGCGGCCCUCACCCUCUCGGGCAUGAUCAUCUACCAGAACUCGGAGAUCAUCGUAGCUUUCUUCGACGCACGGAAGGCCAGGACACCAACCAGUGACAGUGGAGAGGAGAAUGACUCAACCGCAGAAGCGGCUCAAGAACCCAACGAGAGGACAGAGGAUCACGAGAAAACAGACUGAAGAGACGCGACAACGGCUGUGUUCCAAAACCUAGUGAGUUGCAGUGCUGUCUGUAGUCAAACUCUGGACUUUUUUUGUGCAGAGCACAAAAGGAGUACAAUGAAAGUGAAAGGUGACCACAGAUUUCUCUGGUUCCCAACCACUUUCAUUAGAUGGA